UAGCAUCCUUAUAUUUAUUCAAUCUAGUGUUUUCAAAAUGGCAACCUUCAAGUUUUGCUUUCGAUUUCAACACCCAACAAGAAGUACAACUAAUAAUAUUAUAAAAGUUAGUUUAAGAAAAAUAUAUUCAACAAAAUUUAACCAAAAAGAUCCCACCAGUUCUAAUAAAUGGCUUGAGAGACAAAGACGUGAUAUCUUCGUAAAACAAGCAGGCAUAGAAAACUAUCGAUGUAGGAGUGCUUUUAAACUUUUGCAAAUAAAUGAAAAAUUCAACAUUCUCUUGCCUGGAAAUAUUGUAAUUGAUUGUGGUGCUGCGCCUGGAUCGUGGUGCCAAGUUGCGGUUAAAAAAGUGAACGCACUAGAAACAGAUCCUUCUAAACCUAAAGGUCUUGUGAUAGGAAUUGACUUACAACAUAUGGCACCCAUUGAAGGUGCAUUUCUACUAAGUUGUAGUGAUUUUACUUCUGAUGUGACUCAAGCUAAAAUCAAAACUAUUCUUGGUGAUCGACAAGCUGAUGUUGUGUUAAGUGACAUGGCACCAGCAGCAACUGGAAUGAAGUCACACAAUCAUGAAAUCAUUGUAAAUCUUUGUUUCUCUGUUCUUUUAUUUAGUUUACAUGUAUUAAAAAAUGGAGGUACAAUGCUUUGCAAAAUAUGGAUGGGUGCUGACCAGAAAAGAUUAGAAACAGCCAUGAAUAAAGUUUUUGAACACGUUCGAGUUGUUAAGCCAGAAGCCAGUAGGGAUGAUUCAUCUGAAAUUUUUCUGCUAGGGCGGGGAUUUAAAAGAAAUGAAAAGUAGUAGACUAUUAUGUUGUUAUUUGGUUGUCAAUAACUCAUGAUGAACUAAAAAUAUAUUUUGUAUAGAUCUAUUUAGUUUCAAGGAUAAUACAGGAUUUGUCGUUUUUAAAACAUUAGAAAAAUCCUGUUUCUAUUGUGACUGACAUAUUCUGCUAUUAUUCCCACCACAUCUUGAUUUACCAAAGCUUAUGCACUAAAUGUAGUAAAAGCAAAUUACUGUUGAUCUUUAUUUAUUUUAAAAAAUGUGUGUUUUUUUCUGUAAUAAUUUUAUGGGGUUGUUUGUGUACUAUGAAAUGUAUUUUAAAAAGCCAGAUAUUUUUAUAUUAAAUUAGACAUUGAUUGUAGUUUUUUAUGUGAAAAUUAAGCUGGCCAUUAUGAUUCAAAAUAACUCAAUUAUAAUAUAUUUAAAUAUAUUGCUCAUAUACUUAGUAGGUCUACUCUUCUUUAGUAAAUUUUAUUCUUCACUUUAUUUUUCCCUUCUUUGUGCCAUUAUAUUGUAAGGCUAUUUUAUGUGAAUGUUUAACAGGAUGCUACAAAUUUAUUUACUUAUUGUUUGUGCCUUUGUCAUCAAAAGUGGUAGACAAAAUAUUUUUUCCUUAACUCAUUUAGAAUUUAUGUCCAUUAUUAAGGAAUGGUAUGUUUCUUUAGUUCAAGAUUUUCCAACAUGUUUUAAAAAUAGAAAUUAGAGGACACUGACUAAUACUUUUGUGCUAAAACUACAGCUUGGAACUUCAGUGUACUCUAUUCCUAGUAAAGAUCAACUUUGAAAAAUAUGUGUAGCCUUCCUCCAAUUCUGCUUACUUUUUCUCCAUUACAAUGCUCCCUGCCUUCUUUUGAUAUAGUUUAAAUCACGUUCUGAAUAUUGUAAGUAAAUUUUCUCAAAAAUAAUUUGCUGCAGUUAGCAUUAUUUAUUAACUAGAGAUGGAAUUUAAAUACUACUUUAAUCUUAGCAACAUUUUUUUUUAGUGAAUAUGAAUCAGAUGAUGUUACUCACCUUUGGUUGCAGGCUACUAUACAAGGAUAGAAAUUUAGGUUAAGAGAGAAAAUUGCACUGGACUAAAAAAAAUUCAGCCUUGUAGUGCUGAGAAUGAAUAAAAAAAAACAGUUAAACCGUUUAUAGGUGUUGUAAACUGAUAAAAUUCAGGUUUCAUAAACAGAGUUUCUUUGUGUUGAUCUGGGCACUAAUCUCUGCAGGAUUUUAUUACUUGGCUACUUAUUAUUCAACUGACAGUAGUAGCCAAAAUUGUUAUAUUCGUGGGUUUGAAAUGUGCUUCUUUGGGCAAAGUACAGAUAGGUUAUUUCAUUGCAAACUUGCAAGAAUGUCUGAAACUAGGUGACCUAUUUAAGGACAGAUUUCAUCUGGCUACCAGUAGUUUUAAUGACCUAAAGACUACAGGACAAGUUGCAGCAAAAGUUUGCAAUACUAGUUUGCAGACACCUACUUUUGAUGUAACACAAUAGUAAUAGUACCAAUAAGGGUUAAGACUUGUAGAUCAAAAUAAUAAAACUGAGCUAUACAUUGUUCAAAAUCACAGAAUUAUUUCACAUCAUUGAAUCUUAAAUCCAAUAUCAUGUGAGGAUCAGGAAUGACAAACUCAUGUAUUUAAAUAUUUUUUUUAUUAAUACAAGUACAAAAACAAAACCAUUUUAAUAAUUUAAA